ACAAAUAAAAAAAAUUUAAACUGUCAAAACAACCCUGGAGAAAUACUGUUAUUUUUAGUUAUUUUUAUUUAUUAUUUAUAUAAAGAUGACGCUCAAAAUAAUUGUGCAAAGCAUUAGAACUCUGAGUUAUGUGGGCAGUUACAGAAAAAUUAAAGAUCGUCCAAUUAAAUUAUACUGUGCAGCUUUAGUAGGCGCAGGAUACAUGGCAUACAGCCAGCAUAAAAAAAACACAGCUGAGAUGAAGGAGAUCAUACAACUGAACAACUAUAUGGCCGAGCCAAUAACACCCGUCAGCCAGCUGGAGAAGAAUGGAGAAGAUAUGAAAACACAAAUGGAGUUACUCAUAAUGCGGAUACAGGCUGAGUUUUGUCGUGCCCUGGAGAAAGAGGAAGAUGAGGCAUGGAAUGACGAGAAAACCGUUGACGAAUAUGACUUUGAUAAUGACGUGUACUUACCACAUCCGGACGCUAAGUUCAAAGUGGAUCGGUGGACGCGAAAAGAAGGCGGUGGAGGCAUAACAUGCGUGCUGCAAGACGGUCGGGUGUUCGAGAAGGCUGGCGUGAACAUAUCCGUGGUGUCAGGGAAACUGCCCCCGGCGGCUGUUCAGCAGAUGAGGAGCAGAGGUAAAAAAUUGGAGAAUGCAGAGCUACCAUUCUUCGCUGCAGGCGUCAGCGCCGUAAUACACCCUAGGAAUCCCAUGGUACCCACCAUACACUUCAACUACCGCUAUUUCGAAGUGCAAGACAAAGACGGAGUGCAGUGGUGGUUCGGCGGUGGCACGGACCUGACGCCGUACUACCUGGACGAGGAGGACGCCCUCAACUUCCACAUGACACUGAAGCACGCGUGCGACGCGCACGACACCACCUAUUACAACAAAUUUAAGAAAUGGUGCGACGAUUACUUCUACAUCCCGCACCGCGGCGAGAGUCGCGGCAUCGGCGGCAUAUUCUUCGACGACAUCGACCAGCCCAGCCAGCAGGAGGCUUUCAAGUUCGUCACAUCCUGCGCUGAGGCAGUGGUGCCCAGCUACAUACCCAUAGUCAAGAAGCAUAAGGACGACGCGUACGGCUACUACGAGCGGCAGUGGCAGCUGGUGCGGCGCGGACGUUACGUCGAGUUCAACCUGAUAUACGACCGAGGGACCAAGUUCGGACUCCACACGCCCGAGGCCAGAUACGAGUCCAUACUCAUGUCGUUACCACUCAAUGCGAAAUGGGAGUACAUGCACGAGCCAAAACCAAAUUCUCCAGAACAAGAACUAAUGAAAGUAUUGAAGCAACCGCGUGAUUGGCUCAAUGUAGAGAAAGCACAGGCGCGCCGCUCCACCGCGUGAUGGUUGAGUCGAAGCACUGGCCAUUGUCAAAACUUCGACUGAUCAAAGUUUAAAUUUGUAUAAAAAAAUCAUUUUAUGAAAUAUAUU